CUGUUGGUUUCGAUACACGACGACUCAGGGACAUGUGUCCCUUUAUGGAUCACAGAGGCACUUCAAAGACCCAAAGGACCUCACAGACCAUCAAAAGACUGCAAGUUUCUAUAAGUGAACUUAGAUGGCCUGCCAGCACUCAUGACAUUCACUUUCCAGAGGACGGUGUAGGAGAAAGAGCUCAGGGACAGUCUUCUUCCUCAGCGUGGUGGAUUACAGGCUAACCUUGAUUUGACAUGAGGCGGUUUACCUGCGGGGUCCUGAGCGCGGUUUUUGCGCUCUGCGUCGGCCUGGUGAGCUCCACGGCGUCGUUUCCUGGAUUCCACGAAGCCUUCAGGAGCAGGAUGCGCGCACAUGACAGGAACGGCGGGGGUCAGGCGGGUCACAGCCGACACACGAAUAGAUAUCCGCUGUAUAUGCUGCACCUCUACCGGACACUUCUGACUGGAGACGACAAACAUAUGAGCCACGAAAACCCGACUCUUUACGAGUCCGAUUCGGUCUUGAGUCUCGUCGCCAAGACUUGCCAUCAGAUUGGUGACAAACUAGCCGUGACGUUCGACAUGUCCUCCAUAUCAACAAACGACAACGUCCAACGCUCUGAGCUUCGCAUUCGACUUCCAGAAUUCGCUUCUGAGAUGGAAGUAGACAUCUAUCACGCGUCCAAACGCGAGUGCGAACGAAGCCCCUGCGACGAAGUGCGGAUUCACCUCGGCACGGUGAAGGCCAAACCAAUUGAGUCAACCUCCCGUUCCUCUUGGAGGGUCUUCAACAUCACGGCGCUGCUCAACUACUGGUUGCUCCAAGGUGAAAGCAUGUUCUCGGAGGAACCCGUUCAGAUGCCUGCAAGAUCUGAGGACGAGGGGCACGAGAACGUCCCGCAUCUUACAGCCAACAGGGUCAUGAUGGUGGUUUACUCCAAGCAGGAUCGAGCGAAGACGUCCACCCUCAUUCAGACCGCAGAGCACUCCAAGUACGUAGCUCUGGACCGGGAACCUGCACCUCGGCGUCACAGGAGGAACCACCGGAUUGACGACAGAGUUCGUGAUGCAGCAGCUAGCACGAUUCCAGGUGCUUCACAAGAUGAAGGAGAGAAGAAAUCUCUUUGUAGGAAGGUGGACAUGUGGGUGGACUUCGAUCAGAUUGGAUGGAGCGACUGGAUUGUGUAUCCGAAGCGUUACAACGCCUAUCGGUGCGAAGGCAGCUGUCCUACACCUGUAGAUGAGACCUUCACCCCAACCAACCAUGCCUACAUGCAGAGUCUUUUGAAGCUACACCACCCAGACCGCGUCCCAUGCUUGUCCUGCGUUCCCACCCGUCUGGCUCCGCUCUCAAUGCUCUACUAUGAGAACGGCAAGAUGGUCAUGAGACACCACGAAGGCAUGGUUGUAGGAGAAUGUGGCUGCCAUUGAAUCUCCAAACCCCAAAGAACUCAACACUAGCACUUUGGAUACAUUCCUUAAAUCCAGAAAUCGUAUUUAAGCACAAACGAAGAUAAAUCGCUUUAAUUUGUACAGUAUUUUCACUUGGAAUCAAGAGGCACCUGGGUGACUUAAUGCUUUGUGUGUUUGCCUAAUUUGUAAAUAGUAGAGUAUGUAAAUGACCAAAUCUAAUAAAGUGUUU